AUGGCGGAGAGCAGGUCAGCAGUCAAGAAGAGCUCGGCGACCCAGAUCCAAAGGGACCUGGACGUCCUCGUCACCCUCAAGCUUCAAGAUCGAGCCAUGACGACCGAGAUCACAACUUCUCCCGGUGACAUGUCCUCGUCAGCAAACAUCCCUCUUCCCCGCGUCCCGUUCCCCAGCGAUGCUCUGCAGCGAGAGCAUAACGCCAUGCGCUUCCCCGAGCGCCUUGAGUUCGGCCAUGGCGUGGAGGGACACCAGGAGGACAGCAGAGAAAUUCAGUUUUCCAUUAGAGGGACGGCAGGGCAAUCCUCCCUGAUGUCAACGAGCAAUGCAGGGGAGCCGAGCGAUGUCAGGCAGCGGAAUGUGGCAGGGGAAAAGGCGGCGAAGGAGGGGCGGAGGGUGAUAGAAGUGUCGGACAACAACGUCUGGUUGGCAUUAUGGCAGAAGUAUGUGAACGCGAACAAGACGCAUCCUCUCAGGACAAAGUGCUUGACGACAGGAGUCCUCAUGGCUACGGGGAAUUGUGGAGCGCAGGCAAUCAUGAUGAUGAAAGGGAAGCAGAAGGGCUUCAUCUAUCGCAAGCUGCUUGCCUUUGUUUUCUUCGGCACUUUCCUCAGUGGUCCUAUGGGACAUGCAUGGCUGAAAUUUCUCAACGGCCAUAAAGUGAGGAUCAAGGGUCAACUUCUUAUCUUAUACAAGAUCAUCCUUGACAGAUUUCUAUACGGGCCAAUGUUCAAUGCGAUCAUGAUGAGUUUUGUAUACAAAAUUUCGGGUCAGAGUUGGAAGGGAGUGUUUGAGAGCUUGAAGAAAACAUUUUGGGCAGCACAGGUUUUGAACUGGAAGAUUUGGCCGAUUGCGCAAUACAUCAACUUUAACUUCAUUCCGCCAGAAUUGCAGGUGUUGGACCCUUAUACUCUCCCUGCAGAUGAGCUAGGGAGUAGCUGGACAAGGAUGGGAGAGAAUUAUUAUGAGAUGCGAACAUAA